GUUGAGAUGAGUAAGCGACCGAUGUCCGUUUCUGAUGUUACUGUUGCGACUGCCACUCCCACAGAGUCUGAUUUGGAGAGGCAGAAACAGCAUCAUCGAAAGGCAUUUGAGUAUGUCUCACGUGCACUAAAAAUUGAUGAAGAAGACACUGGACGUAAGGACAUAGCUAUGGAGCUGUACAAGCGUGGCAUUGCUGAGCUGCACUGUGGCAUCGCUAUCAACGUGUCUGGUACCGGCAGUCACAGGGAGCGAGCGCAGCGGCUGAAGGAGAAGAUGCGAGCGAAUCUACAGAUGGCUCUUGACAGACUGGACUACCUAGAGCAAUUAGAGCUGGUAAAACGUUUAGAGGAAGGCACACUAGAUGACUCAUUGUACGCGGUGUACACGCAGUGUAGCGGGGCUCAUAAUGCUAAGACGAAGUCAAAAAACACCUGUAGACCGCACGUGAUGCAGAGCAGUCCAAAAACGCCUGUAAGCGUGAUUCGGAGUAAAAGUGAAACGAGGAGUGGCGACAGGAAAGCUGCUGCACCUGCCGCCGUGCACAGUAAGUGGGCGGGAAAAGGCGUCACGUCUACCGCUGCAGCUUCUGCAGCUACUGCAACCACAAAAUCAGAGGGAAGGGGUGGAGUCCAUCAUACACUCACCAAUAAAAGUCAAAGCUUGCCACGAACCAAGCCCACCGUUGCAUCACGGAGUCCACUGACACAGCGUCGUAUGUGCCCACCAUCACCAUCUUCUGGGGUCAGGAGGAACUAUUCACAACCAACCGUGGCUACUACUGGCAAGGUAAAGGGUUCUCCAGCGCGAGCGACACGUGCAGGACGCAUUGAGAAGAAGCCGCGUGCACUGAAGAACGUGGACUCUAAGCUGGCCAACGUGAUCCUGGAUGAAGUCGUCGAUUCCGGCCCCACCAUCUACUUCACCGACGUCGCUGGUCAGGAAAUGGCCAAGCAAGCUCUGCAGGAGAUUGUCAUACUUCCUUCCAUCAGACCUGAGCUGUUCACAGGAUUGAGAGCACCAGCUAGAGGUCUCCUUCUAUUCGGUCCACCUGGUAAUGGAAAAACCAUGCUGGCAAAGGCAGUGGCCUGCGAGUCCAGCGCCACAUUCUUUUGCAUCAGUGCUGCCAGUCUUACGUCAAAAUACGUCGGGGAGGGAGAGAAGCUUGUCAGGGCGCUGUUUGCCUGUGCCCGUGAGCUGCAACCCUCCAUCAUCUUCAUGGAUGAGGUGGACUCGCUGCUAACAGAACGCAAGGAGAGUGAGCAUGAAGCUAGUCGAAGAUUAAAAACUGAAUUUUUGCUGGAAUUUGAUGGGAUAAAUGCUAAUGCUGAGGAGCGAAUUCUUGUCAUGGCAGCUACUAACAGACCCCAAGAGCUGGACGAUGCUGCCCUCAGACGUUUUCCCAAGCGAGUCUACGUCUCCCUCCCGGACUAUGCAACAAGAGCUUACCUGCUUUCCAAUCUGCUGGCCAAGCAGAACAGUCCUCUGUCACAGUCCGACGUCAAAACACUAGCAACGCUCACUGAGGGUUACUCAGGCAGCGACCUUACAGCACUGGCCAAAGACGCUGCGCUUGGCCCUAUUCGAGACCUAAACCCGGAGGAGGUGAAGUCGGUUGACCCUAGCAACGUGAGAAACAUCUGCCUGAAGGACUUCCGAGAGGCGUUGCGACGGAUUCGUUCGAGCGUGCCGCCAUCCUCACUGCUUGCCUUUGAAAAGUGGAAUUCCGAUUACGGCGACACUACUGCUUUCUAGAGGGCGCCGCUUCCCACUUUCGUUGUUCCAGUUGUUGUGCAUGCAAGGUCGUUUUGGACAUUGGAAUGUGAAUUCUGUGAGAGAUUUCGUGUGCAAAGCGAGGAGAGCGAAUGUCAAGUGCUGUUUCUUGUUCACAGAUGUCGGAUUUUUUAUCAUAAAUAAAAUAAAGAGUGUAUUUAGAUUUCACCACGACAGUCAUUCCAAAAAUCCUUGAUUUCACGAUUUACGGAAAGGAAACCUAGAAAGAGAAUUAUAUAGUGAGCAUAUUAUGGGGGACCACUGAGGAGUUAUUGUAGAGCCGAUUCUACAGGAGGUGUUUGAGUGUUGUGUUGUGUAAUGAAUGAACAGGACUUGAAAUGUUAACCAAUGCAUCAGUCUAGCUUCAUGGCCCGUGUUUAAUGCCACAUAUUUUAUUACUUAUCAUUUAUUAGUAUUUAGCACCUAGGUAAUCAUUAGCAAGUACCAUGUCAAUUCAUCGUUUUAGUCCACUCGUUUUUGGCAAUCAAACUAACGUUCCAUUAUAUACAUAUAUAAACCUGAUGAGAAUCUAGCUUCUGCCACGCUUUGAAAAUAUAAGAGCACCUAUACUGAGAAAGCUACGCAGCUACAUCUCACAGGCUAAUGAAAAAUAUAACCUUGGCCAUCAUUGUAUGCUUACCAGCUCUCGCUAAUCUGGCGACGAAAAUGAUACUGAUGGUAACUGACAAGUGCGCACUACCUCGUCACAAUCGCCUGCUAAAGUCUUCAGGCUGGAUUGCAAUGUCGCUGUGAUUUGGAUGUUACUGAGUGCAGUGAAUCUAGUCAAAUGAUGUUGUUUAAUAUUUGCACGACCUGUGAAUGUUUGUCAAGCUGAAACUGUGUUGAGAAGCACAUCGUAUACACACAAAUUACUAUAUCCAGAUCGGAAAGCAAUUGAGCAAUUACCUAGAAAUUGCCCAUCAAAGCAAGCAGCAUAAUGGUAUUCAAGAAGCGUGAGAGAAAUUUUUUUAUCCAUAUGAAUUUUUAUAUUACUGCUGUAUUUGGAAUAUCGAUGUGACUUUAGUGAAAGAAACUAACUAGUGUAGGCGAGAUCGGGUUUAUAGGUGUAGCUGUUUAGCCAAUUUUUCCAGUUUUGUCGGUGAGAUUUUCUUGACGUAAUCGUGAUCUUUUGUGAUAAGUUGUUGUAAACUUUUUUACGUUGGUUUCUACUUUGCAGAUUAAUUUAUGUUGUGUGGUGCGUUCGUUCGUGCGUGCGUGUGUUUUCGUGUACGAGCUCAUCUUUUUAAUUCACUUUGUGUUAUAAACAACGUCAGCGGCGUUUACUAGUACCACCAUUCAUUCGUUAUAGAUGAUUCUUACGCUGAUCAUGAGUUCUCGUGAAAAAAGCUGUUGGUCUCGGUAAUGUUAAAUAUCGUUGCGUAGGUACGCACGCUGGCAUUCCAUCGCAGCCGACAGAGGACAGUGUUUUACGUUUACAGUAGCAACUAUGAACCGUAGCAGCCUAUGCGCGGUCUAUAUUGCGCGCGCCUAUGUUGCGAUUUAGUGUUACUUAAAGCGUAUAAUCUUGCUCCACUGGAGCUGACCUUGCACUAUCCAAACGUUCGCUUGUAAAUACGGUGUUAAUGAGAAUAAAUCUAAAUGCCUGCCAGAGCAAACGUAAAUUCCUGCA